AUGCUUUUAUUAUUCCAUCAGCUGUUUUUUUCGCUUUUUUCUUUCUUUUUUAAUAUCUUUUUUCUGACUAUAUCUUGUUCUUUUUUUCUUUGUUCAUUUCUAGCUUUCCUUACCCUUUCAUUUAAUUCGUUUUCUUUCUUUUUUCUUUUCUUUCUAGAUAUUUAUUUUUCUUUCUUUCUUUCUUUCUUUCUUUCUUUCUUUCUUUCUUUCUUUCUUUCUUUGUAUGUCUUUUAUAUAUUUGCUCUUUUUCUUUUUUAUAUAUUUGCUCUCUUUCUUUUUCCUUUCUUUCUUUCAACUAAUGACAGAUUUCUUUCUUUCUUUCUUUCUUUGUAUGAAUUUUAUAUAUUUGUUUUCGUCUUUCUUUCUUUCCUUCUUUCUUUCCUUCUUUCUUUCUUUUUUCUUUCUUUCUUUCUUUCUUUCAAGUUUUUCUUCUUUCUAUUCUUUUUAUUUAUCUUUCUAAUUUUUCUUUUCUUUUUAUUUGCUUUCUUCUUUGUUCUCCUUUUUUUUUUGUUAUUUUUAAACUUUUCUUUCUUUCUUUUGCUUUUUUUUAUUUCAUUUCUACCCUUUCCUUCCCCUUUCUUUUUAUUCAUUUUUCUUUUUUUGGUUUCAGAAAUUUCUCUGUACAUAUCUAUCUAUCUAUCUAUCUAUCUUUAA